CUCAAAUCAAUUCUGAAAGCCAAGGACACGCUAAGUUCACAUUUUCGCCUCGUAGUGAUGUCGGUAUAUCGUUGUGUUUCGUUUUUCACCUCUGCAUUAUCUCGGGCUGUUCCUAGAGCUUAUUGUGCCGCUGUAAAUCACUUUAUGUGUUCGCAUAAAGUUUUGAAUCGCGCUUGCUUCACUUCACGAAGCUUCUCAGUCAAGACUGAAGGUCUCCGUACUAAUGGCAUUGAAAAUGCUCAGGAACCUGAAUGCCGUUCAAAAUUUAUUGUAGGAUAUGAUGAAUUAUGCUCUCAAAUUGCGGAAGGGAAUGUCCAGUUGUUUGACGUAAGGAAUUCGAGUGAUGUAGAAUCCACUGGCAGCAUUCCGGGUUCCCUUAACAUUCCUCUCGUAGAAUUAAAGAAAGCUCUCAGCCUCAGCGAGAGUGAGUUCUCUGAGAAGUAUGGUGUUUUAAAACCAAAAACGAGCGACCCCAAUAUUGUCUUUUACGGGUUGUCAGAUGUAUCAGCGGCCAGUGCGUGUGAAUUGGCACAUAAUCUCGGCUUUAAAAGGGCCAAGUAUUAUCCAAAAGGCUGGAGCGAGUGGUCAGUAAUAAACGGGAAGCGGUGAGAAAGCUAAUAAUCUCUGUAAAUUGUCUGCAGUUAAAGUCGAAACAAUCUGACUUCACUGCACACUUCAGUAUAGCUAGUCUUUGAUCCCAUGGGAGUUGAUCACAAGAUCUCUUCGGUUAUGUUCUACUGUAAAGUCUGCUUCAUGUAUUUUGUUUUGUUUGGUCAUUUUAACGCCUAUUUUGGUCCUUGCAUUUUCAUUGAGCGUUAGUGUAGAAAUGCGGCUGAUUAGUCAUAACUGCGUCAUAGACUCACACAAAGACGCAUAUUCAAUUUGUUCUAUCUUUCCACGUUUCUUUUUUAACUCAAGGUCUUGUAUAUCGUCCUGCUGUAAAGAAUAAAGCUUUGUUGAAUUAGUUGUUC